AUGUUCCUCUUCGGUCUCGGGCGCCUCGUCUACGUCGCCGUCUUAAUAACAAAUGCAAUCGCAAUCCUAAGCGAAGACCGCUUCCUCGCCAGAAUCGGAUGGGGUCGCAGUCAAGCUGACCCGGCCUUCGGUACAUCAUACGAUAGUACCAGCGUCAAGGCUAAAACGGUAGAUCUGAUCGCCAGUGUGCGGACUGUUAUGCGAAGUAUGUUGUGGAUAUCCUAUCUAUCUAUCUACCUGGCUCCCUGGCUGGGUGGUCUUUGUCUGAGAUCAUCUAUACACAUGCUUCGGAUCGAGUGCUAA